ACGGUCCACGAUCAAAGAUGGCGGGAGCCUCCGACCCGCUGGAGGACAUGCUCUUCAAUGAAGUAGACGAAAAGGCAGUCAGCGACUUAGUUGGCUCUUUGGAAUCACAAUUGGGGCAACCAAAAGCACCCGCUGCGUCUUAUUCUACCGGAAAACGGGACGGAGCUCCGACCGCUGCGAGUCACUUCUCAGGGAAAGUGCGCGACCAAGAGCCGCAACAAGGACACCUACAGGCGGCUUUAAAGCUCCAGUCUUCCGCCGGCGAGCUUCACCCUUCUUCUACCUCCCCUGGCGGCAGCGGAGCCCUGGUCGGUGGGGGGAGCGGUGUGCACACAUUCGGGUCGGCUGCUUCGAUCUCAACCGUCCCCGCACCGGGAGUCCAAACUUUGAGCACCCAGCCUGCCGCCGCUAGCUUCCAGCGGGCAGCCGAACCCAGCAGGACUGCCUCGCCGGGCUUGCAAAGUUUAAACGGCAACGCAGGAGCUGUCAAGUUGCUGAACUCUACCUGUGUGGCCCCCGCGGCAGCAGCGAGUAACUCUCUUGUCAUGGCUGCCAACUUCCACCCUGGACCCCAGUCUACGGCUCCCGCCGCCCCCCCACAAUUACUCCCCAGCCCGACUGUCAGCAUUGCUCAGAACGGACUCGAUCCUAAAGGGGGGCAGUUGGUGUCACCGGGUGCUCCCUCGCCGACUACGUUGGUGAACCACGGCAAGAUUAUUGUGCCCGGUCAGCCCGCGGCUGGGAACUCUGUCAUUCUGACCGGCGCCCCUCCACCCGCUCCGGCCAUGUCGCCCGUCACUCAGCCCCAGAGUGUUGCGGGUCUAUCCGCUGCAGCGCCCAAGCUGGCCGUUAACGGGCUGGGACAGCCCGGAGUGACUAUGGUGAGACCUGCUGGCGUCCCCGCGGUAGCAGGAUCCGUCCAGCAGCAGAGACCCGGGCUCGUGACGGGGAUGACACGACUGGCCACCCCCCAGCCCCCGUUGGCUGUUCGGCCUCAGCAGCAGGCCACCAUCCAGCUUCCUCCUGGGUUCUCUAUGCCUGCAGGUAUGGUUUUGGUCCGGAUUGAGACGGGUCAGCUGGUCAUGGUCCCGCAGCAGGUUCUGGCCCAGGCGCAGGCUAAGACGCAACAGAGUGCCACAGUAGCUAACAUCGCUCAAAGACCCGCCACUCCAACUGCAACCGCCGCCAUCCGGGUCAGCAACGCCCCUUCGACACCUGGUACGCCUCAGAAUAUCCGCCUGACCACCCCCACUCAAACCAGACUGGUCCCGUCUCCUUCGUCCUCCUCCACCUCGUCCUCCACCUCUUCCCCUGUCCAGGCCAUCACUGUCGCACCCGGUGCUCCCGCCGUGUCAGUGAUGAUGACCCCGCCUCCGAAGGCCCCAACGGUGAUGGCGGCGGAGGCGGCGCCCGUCGUCAAAUCCUCAACGCCUCCCGUGACCGGUGCCUCGCCUGCUCAGAGCGCCACGCCCACUACCAGGGUGGCUGUGGUGUCCCAGGAAAUGCAAGAAAACGUGAAGAAAUGCAAGAACUUCCUGGCCAUGCUCAUCAAGUUGGCAUCCAACAACUCACCCUCACCCGACACGUCCAAGAAUGUCAAAUCUCUGGUCCAGGAUCUCCUUGAUGCAAAGAUCGAGCCCGAGGAGUUCACCAAUCGUCUGCAGGCGGAGCUCAAGUCCUCACCACAGCCCUACCUCAUCCCCUUCCUCAAGAAAACUCUUCCCGCUUUGCGUCAGUCAUUACUUAGCAAUCAGCAGUCUCUGGUCACACCCGCCGCCUGCGUCCCGCCUCCCACUCCCCACGUCGCUGGGACUACCGCCGCCAUUCGGCCACGGUUACCCAUCAGCCCUGUCGCCGGCGCUGUUCGAAUGAAUGCUCCGCUCACCAGCACAACUCUGGCUGCGGGCCGAGGCGGCGUCCACACGCUUCAGACUCGUCCGUCGAUGAUCAUGGGUCAGACCAUCAGACCCCACGGCACACUUGUCCGAGGGCCUGCCGCCAUCAUUGGCAGAAGUGUUGUUAACUUGGCAGCGCAAGCCAAUCAGAAGAAAGUGGGUGACCCAGGGGGCGGAACUUUCAGGGACGACGACGACAUCAACGACGUAGCCUCGAUGGCCGGUGUCAACCUCAGCGAGGAGAACGCUCGCAUUCUUGCCACAAGCUCCGAGUUUGUCGGCACCAAAAUCCGCUCGUGCAAGGACGAGUCCUUCCUGCCCGCUGGGCUCCUGCACCGCCGCAUCCUGGAGACAGCAAGGAAGCUGGGCGUGAGCGAGGUGCCGCUUGAAGUGGUCAACUUGGUGUCGCACGCUACGCAGUCCAGACUGCGCGCGGUCUUGGAGAAGGUCACCAUGGUUGCUCAGCACCGAGCAGACGGAGUCAAGGACGAAGAUCAUCACGAACAGACGUCAGAUGUUCGCUCUCAGCUUCGUUUCUUCGAGCAGUUGGAACGUCUGGAGAAGCAGAGGAAGGACGAGCAAGAGCGAGAAAUUCUGCUGAAGGCCGCUAAGAGUCGUGCCAGACAAGAAGAUCCCGAGCAGGCUCGCCUGAAGCAGAAGGCCAAAGAGAUGCAGCAACAGGAGUUGGCUCAAAUCCGACAGCGAGACGCCAACCUCACCGCGCUGGCUGCCAUUGGGCCUCGGAAGAAACGCAGGAUGGACUCGCCGGGUAGCACUACAGCCUGCACAGAGGUCGUGUCGAGUGGAAGCCCCGCCUCGUCUCGCCAGCAGCUGCGUCAGCGCAUCACUAGAGUCAACCUCAGGGACUUGAUCGUGUGUCUAGAGCAGGACGGCAGCACGGCGCGCUCGCUAACGCUCUAUAAAGCGCUGCUCAAGUGAGGCGUACCUCCCGGACCCUGCCCUCCUGGGGCCCAUGCUUGGUACAGACGGCGGCUCAGAGCCUUCCCACUCCAUGAGUCACGCCCCCCACCUGAAAGUAUCCACGACGUGGCAACGAGGCAAUGUGAGGUCACAAUGUGACUGUUUGCUAAGGAAUACAAUGCAUCCAUUAGCUUAUCUUAAAGCUAACAUACAUUUUUUUUUUCAAGCUGCACAAAUACAACAGCACGGAUUUGUUGCCAUGGACCCUAUGGCGGCCAUCUUUUACUAAACAUGGUUUCACUACACUAACAUGCUGUCGAGCCACUCAGAGACUGUUUACUGAUGAACUCCUUGAUAAAAACCAUGAAUGAAUUCACAUUUAGCAUUCAUAUGCUAAGCUAUGAUGCUCUAAUGAUGACACCUGGAUUAGGAUGCAGGCUUGUCCACCUGUUUAUCUGAUCAAAAUGCAAGUGAUUUUUUUGUUGGGAAAAACGUUGGCGCCUCAUUCAGGCGUAGCCCGCCUGUGAUCCCCUCAAUGAUGCAACGUGUCGCAGUGCAAAGACUUUGUGACUUUAUCUUGUAGUGCAUAAUGCAGUUUUUCUUCACUUUUUAAGACUUUUUGGAGGUUUUUAACGCUUUACAUGUUUGUUUCUGACGAGCGCACCGGUUGGUCGACAUGAACUUUUACGAUUAUUUAUAUUUCCUAUAUUCUGUACUCAAUCAUUAAAUUUUACACCUGUUUGUACCUUGACUAAAAUUAAAUAAAGAUAUGUCAAAAGAG